GACUUAUCUGCACCUCUUUUUGUUUGAGAUGAUGACAUCGUGAUUAGUUGUGAUUAACUCAUCCCGUGCGGCAAUAAAAGCCUCGUUCUCCCCGACGGAAGGCACAGUUAGCUCAGAGAACCCCAGGAUUUAAGCUUUCGUUCUCAUCCCAACAACCCUUCAACCUUUCACCCCCGGUUUGCUUUUGCUCCUCUGCAGCCAUGAACUUCUCCAACAUUGCCGCUCUGGUCCUCGUGCUGGCCGUUGCCCAUGGCACGCAGGCCGGAUCACUGGUGAGGCGCGACGCGCAGUCCGAGUUGGACAAGAUCACCAAGCUCAUCAACGACAUGUCGGCAGGCCUCUCCAACGCAACCCAGGAAGUGGUGGAGAAGAUCAAGACUCUGGAGAUGUCCAACACUGCCCAGACUUACAUGGAGGACAGCAGGUCCCAGAUUCAGCCUCUGGUGGACAAGGUCCAGGCCGAGGCCGCCAAGCUGCAGGAGCAGGUCAAGCCCUUCGUCAGCGACAUGGAGGAGCAGAUCAGGCCCGUGAUGGAAAACUUCCAGACUCAGGUGAAGCCUCUGGCCGACAACUUCCAGGCGCAGGUGAAGCCUCUGGCCGACACUAUGAUGAAGAUCUUCCAGCAGCUGAUGGACCGGACCAAGGCCCUGCCCGCCCCCCAGUGAAUGUGUCGCUCUCUUCUCUGUCUUUAAGCCAUUUUACAUACAUGUCGCCAUUAAAGCGGUUUGAAAAUGAUC